AUGGUGGAAUCAAGUACAUCACCUAUCACUCCUGAUCUUCAAGACUUGGCCCGGAGAUAUCAAGAGUUGUUGGAUGAGAGGAGACGUAGACAGAAUGAAGUGAGGGAUUGGAUUGCUUCCGUCGAGUCUGCAGGGGCGCCUGACCCGAUGAGAAUGUACGAGCCGCCAGAGAUAGUGAGAAAUAAGAAAGACGGCGACGGAGUCCUGAAGGAAGGCGGACAUCAGGGAUCUGAUGAAGAGGACAAGACUUGGUUACUGAGAGUCAUGGAAGAGUCGUCCUCAGGAAACCGUGUUCAGAAGAAAUCACCUUCCCCCUCCUUGUCAUCAUCCCAAGACUUGGAUCGACCCUCAUAUUCAAAAGAGCCAUUCUAUCCUCCCAAAGGUAAGGGAGACCCGAAAGAAGGACUCAACACGGCCGUUUCCUCGCCUAGGUCGAGGAGUCCACCGAACGAAAUAACAUGGGACGCGGAGGAGAGGGACGAGGAGGAGGGGGACGAGGAGGGGGACGAGGAGGGGGACGAGGAGGGGGACGAGGAGAAGGGUGCUGAUAGGCAUGGGACAGGAGAUGAUAACCUGCAGAAGUUAUUGGAUUUAUUGAGAGGAGAUUGUGCAAGCUCUGAAUCGAGUGAUGAAGAAGGCAAUAGUGGACAUGUCCCCAAUGUUCUUUCCACCUCUCAAUCACCUAAUGGGCCCCUUGAUGAUAAUGGGAUGCACCGUCCCGACCUUGAAGAACCCACCGCGGUCGUUUCUUCUAUGUUGAUGAGUCCACCGAAUAGAAUGGAUGGGGGUGAGGAGGAGGGGGACGAGGAGGGGGACGAGGAGGAGGACGAGGAGGAGGACGAGGAGAAGGGUGCUGAUAGCCAUGGGACAAGAGCUGAUAACCUGCAGACAUUAUUGGAUUUAUUGAGAGGAGAUGUCACACGCUCUGAAUUGAGUGAUGAAGGCAAUAGUGGAGAUGCUCGCAAUGCUCAACCACUUGCUCGGCCCCUUGAUAAUAAUGGGGUGCACCGUCCCGACCUUGAAGAUGGCCUAGGCUUGGAGGGUGUCGACAAGAAUCGACCAUUAAGAGAUCCAAUUGACUCAGAAAGUGAUGGUUGGCAAUAUGAUGGCACAUCCUUUUCCCCGGAAGAAAUCCGGCGCAUUUGGGAGGAGCUUGGAGAUGCAGCGACCUUCUCUCCAUCAAAGCCUGAAGAUGAUCUCGAUCCCAAGGAUCUGAAAACGUCUCUAGAGGCCCUCACUCCUGAAACACCCUUUAAAGACGACAAUGAGAACGGUGUCCGUUCAGUUUCUCAUUUGCAUGGGGAGGAAGUUGACUCAGAAGAGUCAGAUUGUGAAGAUGUUUUCUCAGAUUGCAGUAGUUCUCUCAAACCCAACUUGGACUUGGACCUUUCAUCAAGUCCAUCCAGUCCGUUCAGUCUCCCAUCCAUGUCAUCUUCCUUCAGUCCAGACACACCCAUGUUGCAUUUACCUCCAGUCUUAUCGGAGGAUCAGGACAAAAAUGGUUCUCUGGGGUUUAUGGACAACGAGAUUCAACAAGGUGAUUCGAUGAGUGAACUAGAGAUUGACUUUGGAUCAAAUUCACCUUCCACCAAAUCGAUAGAUCCUUCUUCACCUACCGCAAAGCGAGGUGGAGUAAUGAUGGAAGAAGUACCUGAACCAAAACAAGAACCCGGACAUUGGCCAGAUGACAGGCCAACCAUAACAUUAUCACACCGAGAAAUGACUGAUCGUCUAGGUAAAUGGGCUGAAAGAAAUUCAUCUAUUAUCACUUGGAAAGAUUACGCAUAUGAUCUUGAUUCCCAACUUGGUCAUGGAACUCAUACCAUCCCUCAAUCUGGAAGUGGAAAAGACAAGUUGAAUGAAGAAUGGAUAUCGAAAUAUAGGGAUCCUACAAAGGCAGCUGAACUUGUUUCAUUAGCUACUUUGGCGGAUGCUAUAUAUAAUUUCAAAAUGGAAAUGGACUCCAUGGGCUAUCCGAUUUCAGGUCGGUUUCAAGGUGGGAAUGUUAAUGCUUUGGAGAAUGCCUUGGAUGAUACGGAUGAAUCGGUGACAAAAGUGGUCAGGAAGUUGAUGGAACAUACAUAUGGGUGGAAGGUUGAUGAAGGGACUGUAAAAAGAAUUACUGAACCGUUCAAAGAUGUUUAUUUCCCUUAG